AAUGAUAUUAUUACACAAGCACCCUCUUAAAUUAUUUUACUUCAUAUUCUCUUUCUUUUAUCAUACAAAGAACUCCACGAAAUCUCACAUCUUCUCUCCUAUCCUUUUCAAGAACCUCUCUCUUCAUCUCACUUAUUUGAUCGAUAGAUGAAGAUCAGGUGCGACGUCUGCGAUAAAGAAGAAGCAUCGGUGUUUUGCACCGCCGACGAAGCAUCUUUAUGCGGCGGAUGCGACCACCAAGUCCACCACGCUAACAAACUCGCCUCCAAACACCUCCGUUUCUCUCUCCUCUACCCUUCUUCCUCCAACAACUCCUCUCCUAUCUGCGACAUCUGUCAGGAGAAAAAAGCUUUGUUGUUUUGUCAGCAAGAUAGGGCUAUCUUAUGCAAAGAUUGUGACACAUCGAUACACUCAGCUAACGAGCACAAGAAGAAGCACGAUAGGUUUCUUCUCACUGGGGUUAAGCUCUCUGCUAUUUCCUCUCUUUACAAACCAACUUCUGAAUCUUCUUCUUCUAGUAGUCAAGACUGCUCAGUCCCUUCCAAGAAACCUCUCUCACCUCCUCAGAGCAACAAGAUCGGUGGUGAUGCAGGGAUGAAUCAGUGGGGAUCCACAAGCACUAUUUCAGAGUACUUGAUCGAUACGUUACCUGGUUGGCACGUUGAGGACUUCCUUGACUCCUCACUUCCUCCUUUUGGUUUCUCUAAGAGUGGUGAUGAUGAUGGAGUAUUACCAUAUAUAGAAGCAAAAGAUGACAGCACUAAGAGAAACAACUAUAGUACAGUGUCACUUCCAUCUGAGAAUUUGGGGAUUUGGGUCCCUCAGAUUCCACAAACUCUUCCUUCUUCAUACACAAAUCAGUACUUUUCUCAGGAAAAUAACAAUAACAAUGCUCAGUUUGGGAUGUACAACAACAAAGAAACACCAUCAGAAGUGAAGACUUAUGCUCCAAUACAAAACAUGAAACAACAAGGACAGAACAAGAGAUGGUAUGAUGAUGGUGGCUUCACUGUCCCACAGAUUACUACUACUUUUACUCAUCCUCCUUCUCUUCAUCAUUCUAAUAAAAAGUCCAGAUCUUUUUGGUAAUCUAUAUGUUUUGUUUGAUUGUUGCUCUUUCGAUCUUCUUGAUUUCUUUAAACUUUGAUCUUGAUAGAAUUAAGGGUUUUUUGUCCUGUCUUUGUAGAUUUAAAUAAAGUGUGAUAGAGAUUGCUGUUUAAUCUUUGUAAUAAUCCUAUUUGCACUUCUGGUUUAUGCAAAUGUUCUUUCAUGAAAAAGGUCCCAUAUGACUUAUUGCUAACUAGUGCCUAGUGGUGUAUUUUUGUAUGCGAC